CUCACAUCCACGGGCCUUCUCAACAUCGAUACACAUCCGAUCCGAAAAUAUUACCGUCAUCUUCACUAUUAUGACCGACUCUCAGUCUCGUCAGCAGGAGCCUGCUGUGCUUUGGAACUCCAAACGACAUAUUGUCACCGAGGAGGAUUCAUUCAAUAAGGAUAUGUCCAUCAUUAUAAGGCACAUUUUGAAAGAGCCCGUCCAGGAAUCUCCAUUGUACGGCCUAUACGGCAGUAUCAUUUCGACUUCAACAGCAACUAUCAAGUAUCCUGGACAUCCAAUCAUUGUAACUCCUCAGGCCCUCUUUGGCGGCACAGGAAGUGCUCCUGGCUCGGGUCAAUCAAGGACCGGUAGUGGGAUAGGCAGGGAACACCGGAUACCUGACUUCGCCCGCACGCUCUUGUUCGGCACGAACGACAAUCUUCAAGUCGGUCCCAGUUCCGACGCCGCCGUUCAAGAUGUCACUAGGACAGAAUAUCCUGUUGACUGUUGGGAGUUGAAGCGUCUGGCUCUCGAGCAAGGCGUCAACUGGUGGGAUAAAGACGCUCAAACACAAGCUUACAUGAACAUCAAGACAUAUCUUCCUCAAUUGCACGAAACAGCAAUUGCUAUCCUAGAUCAAUAUCCCCAUAUCAGCAAGAUACCUUAUUUGCUUAUAUGUGGUAUAUACUUCUCAGCUUUUGAGUUCAAACGCCCGCCGGCGGUACAGUCGCGCCCUCCUACCACUCCCCAUCCCGGUAACACGGAUGCCGUCCUUCCUGUGACACCGGCAGGGCCUUCUGGAGUGAGGUUGUUGGAUGAAAAUCUCGCUUUCAAUCAGGCCAGCGAAGCUAUCCAACGUGCUCGUGAUGAAGUACGGAUCUCCUUGCCUGACGUCAAGCAGCUAAAUGCUUGUGCGGUUAACUUGAAGUUCAGUAACGAUGCCCUCGGUGAUGAUCUUACACUCAGCAAAGAAUUUCUGCAUGCAAUCUAUGAACCGAUGAAGACCUUGGGAACCGAGCUUGGCCUGGAAAUGGUUCAGCAGCCGAGUUGGUUUGACAGUGGUGAGAAUGCCCAGGUUCGGGAACCGUCACCCGAGGAGAUCGAGUACAUCCGUGACAUGCUCAAAAAAAGCCUCACACUGCACAUGGAUGAAGCUGCAGCUGCGAUGAGGGGAUCUUUGGCGGUACCAGGAGCUACCGGGCAAACACCCCAACGCAAGGGCCUAACGGCCCUCACGACACCCUCCACAACAGAAGGCUCUCCAUAUAAGGCUCGUUCAGAGAACACCCCCGCGGCAGAUGAUGAACCGGACUCUCCGAGUCAAAAACCUGCGUUGCGGCAGCAAGUCCGAAGAACAGUUCGUCAAAAUGCCGGCCGUAUAAACAGAACACUCACAUCCGGUAUGUAACACCCCGAUUGGAGAUAACUAAGGCUAGAUGCCGGAAUAUGGGAUGUAUGGCAUUGAUAUGUCUUGACCCAU